AUGAGCGAUCUGGGUAUUGGCGCCGGAGCUGGGGGCGGCGGAGCCACGGUGCGCCGCGACCCCCGCGCCAGCCAGGGCGUUCUGGCCGACGGCGUCAUCAAAACCAAGCCGCGCGUCGAGCGCAACAGAGUGCUGGUGACGGGCGGUGCCGGCUUUGUGGGGAGCCACCUCUGCGAGUUCCUCGUAAACAGGGGCGACCAGGUGAUCUGCAUCGACAACUUCUUCACAGGCAGCAAAGACAACAUCGCACACCUCAUAGGCAAGCCGAAUUUUGAGGUGAUCCGCCACGACGUGGUGGAGCCCAUACUGCUGGAGGUCGACCAGAUCUUCCACCUGGCCUGCCCCGCGUCACCCAUCCACUACAAGUACAACCCUAUCAAGACUAUCAAGACCUCUUUCUUGGGGACCAUGAACAUGCUCGGCCUCGCACGCCGCGUGCGUGCGCGCUUCCUGCUCACGUCCACCAGCGAGGUGUAUGGGGACCCCCUGCAGCACCCCCAGACAGAGUCCUAUUGGGGAAAUGUCAACCCCAUCGGGGAGCGCUCUUGCUACGACGAGGGCAAGCGCGCGGCGGAGUGCCUCACGAUGGACUACCACCGGGAGCACGGCAUCGAGGUGCGCAUCGUGCGCAUCUUCAACACCUACGGACCCCGCAUGGCGCUGGAUGACGGCCGCGUCGUCUCAAACUUCGUGGCCCAGGUGGGGGCACUCAUGCAUCCCCGAGUCCGAGGUUGUGACGUCAGCUUGUGA